UCGUCAGGGUUAAAGUUGUGUCGAACACGCCCGUUGAGUUUGAAGGUUUACAUUUACACCGCGCCACGUCCUGCUAUCAUCCUUCGUUUGAACGUAGACAAUACAGACAACAAUAACUAUGAACUUUGUAAUAUUCAUUAAUUGCGCAUUACUUGCGCUUAUUUCUAUGACAAGUCCAGCAUUAUCGGGGGAAGAUGAUUACGACCCUUGCAAAGCAGCUGCUUUUAUCAAUGGCGACAUAGCCAUAACAAAGUACGAAUUAUUGCGUUUGAAAAGAACAAGAAGAGCGGCCACGUCGCUGCAAUCUCGUCGUUGGAUUCAUGGUAUUAUUCCGUAUGAGAUUGAUAACGUCUUCAGAGCUGAUCAAAAGGCGGUGAUGUUAAAAGCAAUGAGACAUUGGGAAAACAAAUCUUGUUUAACGUUUGUCGAACAUACCACAGAGAAAGAUUAUAUCUUCAUAGAAAAAGGACAUUGUGGUUGCUGUUCGUUUGUGGGCAGAAAAGGCAUGGGUAAACAAGGUGUUUCAAUUGGUAGAGAUUGUGACAAUUUUGGAGUUGUAGUUCACGAACUUGGACAUGUUGUUGGUUUUUGGCAUGAACAUACACGCCCAGAUCGGGAUAAAUAUGUGAAAAUUGUUGAAAAAAAUAUUCUGGAAGAUAAAAAGAAGAAUUAUGCUAUCUUGGGAGAAAACGAAGUGGAUUCUCUUGGGGAGAAAUAUGAUUUUGGGAGUAUAAUGCAUUAUUCUCUUAAUCUAUUUUCCAAGUCCUCAUCAAAUGUUAUAAUUCCAAAAGUUAAUAUUUCGAAGAGUUUGCUGGCUAAUAUUGGCCAACGCAGACAGUUGAGCGAAGGAGAUGUGGUCCAAGUUAAUAAAAUGUACCAUUGUCCAAAAUGUGGUGGAACAUUGCAGAAAGCUAAAGGAACAAUUUACAGCCCCGGCUAUCCAUUUAUAGAUCUAAAACCGUAUACAUGUGAAUGGAGAGUUUCAACCAAUCCUGGAGAAGUGAUUGAGUUGACUAUUAAAGAAUUUGAUUUAAGAUCAAGCAGAAAUUGCGAAAAUGAUUAUGUUGAAAUACGAGAUGGUUAUGGGCCUAACUCUACAUUAAUUGGUAAAUACUGCGGAAGCAAUAGACCACCGAUGAAAAUAAGAUCAACUGGAAACAGAUUGUUGGUGAAAAUGAUAAAAAAGAGGAUAUCACAAGGACUACCUGGAAAAGGAUUUUUAUUCAGCUAUAAAGCUGCUUGUGGUGGUGUUAUGAAACUUGACAAAGGCGAAAUCCAGUCACCAAAUUACCCUUCGUCGUACAAAUACAAUAAAAAAUGUAACUGGAAGGUUAUUGUUAAAGAGGGUACAAGAGUUGGAAUAACUUUCGGUAGUUUUGAGGUUGAAGAAGCGACAGGGUGCAGUUUCGAUGCUUUAUCAAUUUAUGAUGGCCUUGAUGAAUCUAAGUUAUUGACAAGACUUUGUGGAAAUAUUCUCCCGAAAGACAUGAAUACAUCAAGCAACACGGCACUUAUUAGGUUCGAAUCUGAUAAUUCCGUGGAUAGCGGGGGAUUUGUAUUGAAUUUCUUUAGUGAGGUUGACGAAUGUGAAGAAAAUAAUGGUGGUUGUGAGCAUAAUUGUCGCAACACCAUAGGAAGUUAUGAAUGUUAUUGUAUGGAAGGUUACGAGCUUCACUCUGAUGCAAAGAAUUGUGAACCUAAAUGUGGUGGUGAAUUAAAAGAUAGUAAUGGAACAAUAACGAGUCCAAGUUAUCCAGACAGUUAUCCGGACAACAAGAAAUGUAUUUGGUCCAUUAGAGCGCCCCCUUUACAUCAAAUAAAACUAAGUUUUAAAGAAUUUGAGUUGGAAGAAAGUGAAGGGGGUUGUGAAUAUGAUUAUCUUGUGGUGAAAAACAAGAAGAACACGACAAGGUUAUGUGGUGACAAAAAUCCAGGAGUGAUGGUGUCAACUACUAAUGAAAUGGAUAUUGAAUUUGUCUCUGACAAUUCCAGGUCUAAGAAAGGUUUUGAAGCCGAAUAUUAUACAGAUAAGGAUGAGUGUCAAGAGCAAAAUGGAGGAUGUCAACAUGAUUGUCUCAAUUUUAUCGGUGGAUAUAUGUGCACAUGUCGCUCCGGUUUUAUCUUGCAUGAGGAUAAACUUCAGUGUGUCGAAGUUCAUAAAGAUGGGAAGAAUCCAGUGCUCGAUAGUUCAACUGGAACAAUAAUGUCACCCAACUAUCCAAACUUUUAUAAUUCUUCGCUAAAUAUAAGAUGGAAUAUUGUUGUCACUCCUGGACAUCGAGUCAAAUUAACGUUUAAAGCAUUCAGUCUAGAGAAAGAUCGGAAAUGUGAAUAUGACUAUGUGCUUGUUGAUACGGGAUAUGAAGAAAGGGAGAACAGACUCUGCGGUACAAUCACAAGAGAGGAAAGAAAAGUGCAAAUUUCUAGGUUAAAUAAGAUGGAAAUACACUUCCAAACUGACAAGACUCAUGUUGAGAAGGGAUUCAAAGCUGUCUAUGAAACUGUGUGUGGAGGACGUCUACAUGCUGAUAAAGGUGAACAAUUAAUAUACUCCCAUGCUGACUACAAUCUCAAUAAACCUUAUCCCGCUAACGCAAGUUGUAAAUGGCAUUUGGCUGCUAAGAAAGGGUAUGUAAUUGAAAUAAAGCUCGAAACGUUCGAGUUAGAAGACAAUGGUUGUCUUUUUGAUUUCCUGAGAGUUACCGACGGAUCUGAUGAAACAGCGCCAGAGAUUGCGCGAUUGUGCGGUACACAGACUGGAAGAAAAAUACAGAGCACUGGGAAUAACAUGUGGUUAGAAUUUCAAACAAAUGGAAGGGAAGAAAAACGAGGAUUCUUGAUCGAUUAUGUUAGAUUAAAAUUAUAAUCUUUCAACAGGAGCAUUAGCAAGAACUAUACCGUCAAGAAUGUCAGUUUUGCCAAACAUAGAUCCUGGAAAAACCUGGGAUUAAUUUAUUCUGAGUAGAAAAAUACUUUGAUUGAUUUGGCGAAGUAGUGAUGAUGGAUUGAGAAUUACUGUUAGAGGUUUUUAAAACUUCGUCGUACUGUAUAGAAAAUUGAUAGCAAAGUAGAUUGUCGAAAUGUUGUUUGGCGUUUCAAUUAAUUUUUCCGGCUAAAAAAUUUUUGACGAAACUGACAAUUCUGCAUCCGAACUGCAAGUGAAAAAAGAUUAAAAAUCGCUUGUACUUAUGAAAGACAUAAUAUAUAUACCUUUUAUAUAAUUCCGUACGUAGCCUGCUAAACAUUACACAUUCGUCUAAUAAUUUAACAUAAUUAGUCAGGCACAUAACUAACCACAACAUUUGUGCGCGAAUGUAGCGAUAUUAGGCUGCAUUAAGCGCGGCAAAUGAUUUGUUACCACAAAAGUACAAGUAAAUGUAAAGUAUUUUAAAUGUAUUCACAAUGAAUAGUAAAGUAGAGUGGGCAUACUGCUAUUAUAUAUAUCAAUAAUAUUAACCUCCACUGAGAUAUCUGUAAAGUUUAACAGAUUAAUUAACUAAAAUUAAUAGUUGUUCAAGUAUCUGAACUUGCACAUGUGAAGAUUACUGGAAUAUUUUCUCAUAUUAGAGAUCUUAAGCUAGCGUGGUAAACGGUGAUAUACCUACAGUCCGGCACUAGUAAUUUUAAGUAACUAGCAACUGACGAAAAUACUCUAGGCUGACAGGAAAGAAGUUGAUAAAUAUCCUGAAAAAAAAUAUUGGAAAAAGUAUUUUAUAUAUAUAUACAAGUGUAAGUAAUCCAGGGUAUCUUAAUCUCUCUAAUAUGACUUUGACUUGCACACGCAAUGCACUUGCACAGCGGCGCUCCAGAUUUUUGUAAACUUCAUGUCAUAAGUUAAUGUAUACUAAUCAAAUAGUUUAUUAAUCCCACUUUGUUGAACCAUUGAAAUGGUAAAUAUAUAGUUGCUGGUUCCUGUUGGUACAU